AGUCAAUACAUAACGCUUGAAGAAGUGAGUGGACUGAAUGUGUGUUUUAGUUUCAAUUUGAGUGCUGUGAAUAGCAGACUUUUGUGGAUUUAAAGACUACUUAGUUUAUUUAUAACAAAAUGGGUAAAGACGAGAAAGAAGACUCCGGUUUCGGGUUCAAAGAUAAGGCGAAGGCUGAAGAGACUCUGAGGCUGUUGGAGGAGCACCCGAUGAACUACCGUCGGUUAACAGUGCGAGGGUUGCUGGGCAGGGCCAAACGAGUCUUGUCCAUGACAAAAGCAGAAGACAAAAUAAAGAACAUCAAAGAAGCUAUGGAAGUGUUCGAGAAUUGGCUCGCGGAACUGGACAAGAAUAAAGAGCAGAAGACUGAACAGAAGGAGAAGACUAACAAGAAGAGAGAAUCGGAAGAGAAGAAUGGGGAUGAAGAGGAUUCCGCAUCGGACGUGGAGAUGGAAGAAGAGCAACCUAAGAAGAAGGAGCUGCCUGCUGACACAGUCCCUGGGUUAGGAUUCAAAGAUAAGGAUGCAGCUGAUGGUACUAUAAAGGAACUGGAAGGAAGGGACCCUGAUUAUCAGAAGUUAGCAGUCAAAGGCCUCAUAGGGAGAGCUAAAAGAGUACUAACAUGUACUCGCGAUGAGACGAAACUGGCUAAUAUAAAGGAAGCUAUAAGUAUCUUCGAGAAGUUUCUGGACGAUUUCGAUACAAACCACAUGAGUAAGCAGAACAACCCGUACAUAUCGCUGGGUCACGUGCGGACAGCUGAGAAAAUGGCUGAUGGUAUCACUGAUCAACAGAAAUCAUUCAUUGCUGCUUAUGUGUCGGUGAACGGGGAAUACAAACGGUUAAGGACCGUUCAGUCUUCUGAAGGCGGGAAGACCUGGGAUAUAGUCAGAAACGUUGCACUCAAGGAUUUGAAGGAAAAGCAUGCAGAAGCAAAACUCUUCGACGAAAAAGAACAGCCAACAAAAGAACAUAUCGAAAUGAUGUUAUGGGCAUAUUCACCGGAGCCAGCGCGUGUAAAAAAAUACGUGUCAGAAACUAAAGAGGAGAAAAAUGAUAGUGACGCAAAAGAAAAAGAGAAACAGGAUAGAAAGAGACGGAGCAGCGCUAGAGACAGAGACGAUGAAUCGCCUAGUAAAAAGAAGAAAGAGUGAUUGUGCAUUUAGUGUUAAAUAUUAUGAUGGAUCGGAAUUUCUUUUUUUGAAUUAUUGUUUUGUUUAUUGAUAAUAAAGUUACUU